ACAACACUACCGAAACGGACUACAAAGGCGUGUUGGGAAACAACUGGUAGCUGCUAAACGUUCGCCUGCCAGCUAAUGAGAUACAUUAUUCUAACCGUGUCUGUUAGAAUAAUUAAAAUUAAACGUUAUGUCAUAGGAGAGGGUAGAGGGAAAGAGACUCAAUGGACGACAUUAGAGUGGAAGGAAGGACCGCUGCGAAGGUUCGAAAUGGCGUGCUAACGGUUAGCCAAGUUGCUAACAUCUCACCGGUUGAAAGUGCUGUUUGAAGCACGUCUGUUUUAUAGUCGACACAUUGUGUCCUUUUUGGGGCAUGUUCGUCAAGUCGCAGCGCUAAACGACGAGCACGAUGGAAGAGAUAAAGACGGAACCCGUGGAUUUCGUGAGGGAAUUCCAAGAGUACCUGACACAGCAAACGCAACACGUCAACAUGAUCUCGGGCUCGAUUUGUGAGGAAAAGGACCCAGCCCCGAGGAGUGAACACAAUGGUCUGGACCCCCCGUCGGUGGAGGUCAGCCUGCCCGUGGAGGAAGGCUCGGAUGUGCAAAUGGACGGCCUGGAGAGGACGUGCGAUGGCAAAUACAAGUGCAGCUUCUGCAGCUACGCCAACAAGGGCAUGGCUCGAUUGAUAGAACACAUUCGCAUCCACACAGGAGAAAAGCCGCACCGCUGCCAGCUGUGCCCGUUCGCCUCGGCGUAUGAACGGCACCUGGAGGCCCAUAUGCGCUCGCACACAGGCGAGAAACCGUACAAGUGCGACCUGUGCGCCUUCCGCUGCAGCGACCGCAGCAACCUGUCGCACCAUCGCCGCCGGCGCCACAAGCAGCUGCCCGCUCGGGUGGCGCGCCCGCCCUUCGUCGGCAAGCGAGGCCUGGCCACCCUGCAGAAGCGGAGCGGCUCGCUGGGCUUCGGCAGACGCCUGCUCAUCAAUUUCACCCCGCCGCCCAAGUCGGACUACGCCAGCGACGCGCUUCACAAGCAUCACCACCAUCUGAACAUGGCUGAGCACAGGAACCCCCCCAGGCUGCUGCAGAGUGACUUCAACAGAGGAGCGAACAUUUUUAGCAACCCGCUAGAGCAGCUGGCUUCACUGCAGCCGGGCGACCUCCACUCCGAGCCGUCUCACGUUACUCAGAACGGUGACGAAAAGCCCAUUGUGAUACAGGAAGUCACGGGCGCGCGAGCCACGUCAUGUUCCAACGGCGUGCAGACUUUGACCCCCAAAACGGAGUACUCCGCUUCGGACCACAGGAGCUCCGCAUCCGGACUCUGCUCGGACACCCAGGCCGAGGCGUUGUGCGCGAGCCGCAGCCGGUCCGGCACUCCGCUCGCCACCACGCCGGAAUGCGACGAGCCACAGCGGUGCCCGCACUGCGACAUUCAGUUUCCCGACAACGUCCUGUACACCAUCCACAUGGGAUGCCACGUCUACGAGCACCCCUUCCGUUGCAACGUCUGCGGCCACACAUGCACGGACAAGUACGACUUUGCCUGCCAUUUUGCACAAGGGCAGCACAGGAAGUGACUCUGUUUGGAAUAACUCCCGAGUCACAAUACGCUACUCGCAAAAAUGUAGUGAUAUUGGAGAUUUGGGUAAAAUUUCAUCCAUAAAAUGCACCACGAUGGUGCCUUAAGAUACAAGUUUAUUUUGUUCCAUGGCCACACUCAUAACUUACAACUCAAUUUCAAAUUAUCUUUCCCUGUUGCAAUGAAGGGAUGUAUGAAGGAGUAUGUCAAGUGUCCCUGGUAAACCAUUUUGUAUUUCUUUGCAGGAAUGUAGUUUUCCGUAGGCAGCUACGCAUGUAACAACACGUGAAUUAACAGUAUUUUACAUACUUUGUUUUUAUCAUUCAGCUAAAUUAGCUCGACACACUAACUGUGCCUGUACUUUAUU